AUCCUUCAACGUCAGCCUGCAUUGCUCAGGGAACCUGAGCCGAGUGUCCUGUGCAGAGGCUCCCCUCAGGGCUGCUCAGGUCAGUCUUGGCUUGUCUCAUGGACAGACACAAAGUGAAGCGCCAGAGGCUGGACCGGAUUUGUGAAGGUAUACGGCCUCCUAUUGUGAAUGGCCCAAUGCCUGCCCGACCACUGGUUGCACUCCUAGAUGGGAGGGAUUGCACUGUGGAAAUGCCAAUCCUGAAGGAUGUUGCUACAGUGGCUUUCUGUGAUGCUCAGUCAACUCAGGAAAUCCAUGAGAAGGUGCUGAAUGAGGCUGUGGGAGCUUUGAUGUACCACACCAUCACCUUGUCCCGCCAGGACCUGGAGAAGUUCAAAGCCCUUCGGGUCAUUGUGCGUAUUGGCAGUGGCUAUGACAAUGUGGACAUCAAGUCAGCUGCAGAAUUAGGCAUUGCAGUGUGCAACAUCCCCUCCUCCUCUGUGGAGGAGACUGCUGAUUCUACCCUCUGUCACAUCUUGAACCUGUAUCGCCGGGUUACUUGGCUUCAUCAGGCUAUGCGGGAAGGAAACCGAGCCUCAAGCAUGGAGCAAAUUCGAGAGGUGGCUGGAGGUGCUGUGCGUAUCCGUGGUGAGACCUUGGGCAUCAUUGGCCUUGGCCGAGUUGGGCAGGCAGUGGCCCUGAGAGCCAAGCCCUUUGGCUUCAACGUGAUUUUCUAUGAUCCAUAUCUACCAGAUGGUGUGGAGCGAUCCCUGGGGUUACAGCGAAUAGGAACUCUGCAGGACCUGCUAAUGCACAGUGAUUGCAUCACAUUGCACUGCAGUCUGAAUGAACAUAAUCAUCAUCUCAUCAAUGACUUCACUAUUAAACAGAUGCGCCAUGGCUGCUUUCUGGUGAACACAGCCCGUGGGGGGCUAGUAGAUGAGAAGGCCUUGGCACAAGCCUUGAAGGAGGGGAGAAUCAGAGGAACAGCACUUGAUGUGCAUGAGUCUGAACCCUUCAGCUUUGCUCAGGGGCCCUUAAAAGAUGCUCCCAAUGUGAUCUGCACCCCUCACACGGCCUGGUACAGUGAGCAGGCUUCCAUUGAGUCCAGGGAAGAUGCAGCUAAAGAGAUCCGCAGAGCUAUCACAGGUCACAUACCUGAUACUUUGAGGAACUGUGUUAAUAAGGAGUAUUUGCUGUUAGCUGCUCAGUGGCCAAGUAUUGAUCCUGCAGCUGUUCACCCAGAACUCAAUGGAGCUGUGGCUUACAGGUUUCCUCCAGGAGUAGUGGGAGUAGCAGCCCCUGGGCUGCCGGAGCCAGCGGUUGUGGAGGGGAUUGUAGCUCACGGGAUACCCUCUGUGUCUCACUCUGCACCACGUACCCCUUCCCCAGGAGAGACGAGCAAACAGGACCCAGACAGAGAAAUCCCCGCUGACCAAUAGCAUCUUCUCUCUCCCUUCUCCUCUGGCAGCAGAAAAAGUAGGGGGAGAGCUCCCUGCUAGGACCUUUUCUAACACCCCACUGAGACUGUUUCCUGUUCACACAGGACAGGAGAAUGCAUUUCAUUACUGGCAAACAUUAGCUCUUGCCUUUCAACAGAUAUUUUAUAACCCAUUUAGUUUUAAUCUCUUGGUGAAUCUUUUUCCUUGUCUGCGGCAGGAGCAGUGACCUUGCCUCCCCUUUGAAAUUUAGUUUAACAUGUAGUGUCCCAUGACCCUGCCUCUGUUAUGUUUCACAGGAAGGCACUCUCAGGGGCUUGAAUGCAGCAGAACAGGAGCUGGCUGAACAGGGAGGCCUCCCAUUGCUCCCAAUACCAAACUUGAUGCAGAUUUUCACGAGUGACUUGCAGUCUCAGGAAGCACAGGUGAUGGGGAGUGUUCAAGCAAGACUAGUAAGAUGAAGAGAAAUUAGGCAUAUGAUCUGGUGUACUGCAUUGCAGGAAAAAGAAAGCCCAUGCCCAGUGCUGUGCAUUGCCUUGCUUAUCCUGACCCAGGUGCCUCUGAGCACAGGCAUACCCAGGGUUGCUGCAAAUUGACAGUGUGAAGUUUUGCUCUUGUAAUGUUAGUGCUGGGCAUGAGCACAAGAGCAAGAAUGAAUCUGAGACUACCAACAAACUGACUCAUAAAAGAUUUGGGGAGGAUUAAAGUAAACCACUCAGAUAUACUGUCUCCUGAGAUGGUCAUGAAGAUUUAGGAGAGUCCCUGGAAUCUGCCCAGCUGAAUGAGGGAAGGAGGGAAUGCAGAAGUGUAGGAAAUUUGUACUGGGAAGCAGCAGAAGUCAAAGCAUUGUGAAGUUGUUACUGCUGGUCCUGUACAUGCCUUUACCUCACAUGCUGCUAAUGCAGUUUAUCCACAAGAGAAAUGUUAUACUAGAAUCCUAGAAAUUGGAGAAGGAAGAGAUGUAGGUCCCAAUUAGCUCAUCCCCCAAGGCCAGGGAGGAUUGUUCUCUUCAGGGCUUAGUCCAAUGUUAAAUGCUCCUUGGUGCAUCUGCCGCUGUCUUGGGGGAGAUGAUUCUUCAGCUUACUAGACUCCAUGACAGAAAGAUUUUCCUAAUAUUCAUCCUACAUUUUUUUUUUCAUUUAAUCUCAUUACUCCUAUUUAUAUCCUCCUGGGCCCACAUAAAGUAAUUCUGCUCCCUUCUUGGGUUUUACACGCUUCAGUAUUUCUAGAUGGUCUAAAAGCUGACAACUCUUUUGGACUACAACAAUUCAUGUUUUAUUCCUGUUGCUCAGGUAAUUCAAAGUAGGUGCCCUCCAGGAGUCUUGCUGGGUGUGUGGAAGCUGAACAGCCUGUGCAUAUAACUGAUGAAGGAAGAGGCAGAUCUUUCUGUUGUCUGCUGAGAAACAGACAACAAAUUUGUUAGUCUCUAAGGUGCCACAAGUAAUUCUGUUCUUUUUGCAGACUGUCUCUUGUUUCUCAAGAAGGGGGUCUGGAAAUUGGGUGGGGAGGAGAGGGAACUACCAAAUUAGAUAAUUGUUUACAGUUUAGGGAACUGAAUGAAGCUGUAGAACUUCUCAAGUGCUCAGGCUUUCUCAUUCUUUUCUAGUUUUAAAUCAGUCUCCAAUCCUGUUGGCAAGUAGUGGUUUAAUGUAGACUAGUGCUGACAUCUUGGAGUGACUUUUUUAUUUGAGGUAAAGAGGCCAGGGAGGAAGGAGUAUUUGCAAUGAGUGGAACUCUUCAACUUCCCCUUUUCCCUUUUGGACUUUCACUUUGACUGGAUGACUAUCUAGUACUAGUGGAUGUGAUUCAGUUUUUCAGAGUUGUAUGGUUUUUGGUUUUGAAGAUGAAUUUGGCUGUUUGCUAAGGCUGAUACAGGCACUCGGGUUGUAUGUUACGGAUGAGAGUGAUUCAGUUUUAAAAUUCACAUACCUUCUUGGUUGCUCAGGAUUUUAGAAGAUCGAACUGGGGCACAGUAGGUGAGAUUAGUGGUAGGCAUGUGUCAUGAGGACGAGAAGCCUUUGAGCAAAGCCUGCAGCUCAGAAAAAUUUUAAUUGGAGGUGAAAGUAGCAUUUUCUUUUUCCCUUCAACGAUUUGCUAAUCUACUCUUGUAUCUAAAAACUCAACAGGCUAUAAUUUAGAAAGCUGCUCUCCUAAUAGGCAUGCAGGACAAGUGGGAAGAAAGGUUCCUUUAAGGAUUCAGAGAGCUGAUUGUAAAUGUAAUUACUAUAUUAGACUGGUUUUUCUAUCAGUAACUAUUUUCUCAACUUGCUGCUGAAACUACUGCCUUGUAUGUAAAGGUACAGGAAGGCAGAUAAUUUUUGGUUAAGGCGUUCCCAGGUGUGGGAUUUCCAAACACAGAAUCCCUUCAUUUUGUCUCUUCUGAAGUGCAGUGCAAGACACUUAAGAGCCAGCAUUUUUUUUAUUCAGAAGUAUCUCUGAAGACCUAUCCAGUAAAAUCUCCCUGAGGGAGGAGUGGAGAAGCUUGAAAUGAUACUGAGCCUCUUAAUUCUUGUUUUUGGUACCUAGAUACCAUGGUGAUUGGUGUACUAGGAAUACAUAUCUAGAAAUGUGAGGACUGCUAGCUGCAGUUUUGAAUGCUGAUAAACUUGACCGGAGCAUUAGCCCUGAGGAUACUGGUUCCAUUAGAGCCAGUGCCACAUAGACCUGCAUUUGGAAAUGAAAGCGAGUGCCAGUUUGGUCAGAGCUGCCAUAAUGAAGAUACAAAUGUAAGAUUUUGUAGCUAAAAUCAAGCUGAAUCCUCCCCUAAUGCCAAGGAAAAGCUUUCCAGCUGCUGGUGAACUAUUCGUCAUACCCCAGAUAGUGCCUGUGCUUAUUAUUGUUUAGCCUGGGGCUGACCAUUAUCAGGAAAGGGGCUCUGGUAAUCAGACUCUUCAUAGAACAGUGGAUACCAGUAGUAAAGCACAGUCAUGUUCCCCUCACCAGGAUGUCAAGUUCUCCUUUCACAGCACCCUCUUCUGUGUGUUAUACUGAUCCACAGCCCCCUGCCCCAGGUUUCAUGCAGCCUGGAGGGAUGGAAGGAAAUUUUUUUUUUCUUAAAUUGCCUUCCUUCAAAAUGAGUAUGGAGCUUAAUCCCAAAGAACAAAAACCUUCUAUUCCAGGGUGAGGCAGGAGUGCCCUGGUCACACUGAUCUGCUUAUAGGAGGUGCUUGCUCUGUCCUAAGGUACAUUUUGCUCGUUGGGUUCACUACUGCUGACCAGCUUUUUUAUAGAGGAUUCAAAGUUUCAGAAAUAUAUUUUUGUAGAGAAUGACUAAACUGUGAAACAUUUUAAAAUAAAGCAUGUAAACAAACCUUUAUAUCAAUGUUCCCUGUACAGAUGUCUUUCUCACAUCAAUUCUCUCCUGGCUCUUGUUAGAAAUGUUGUUUAUUUCUUGGAUAUAUUUUAAUAAAGUUCUCCAACUUA